GGGGCCAUAUUAGCAGCGGAGCCUCGCGCAGCGGCGGUGGGUUCCGCGAAGAAAGGCGCUCGGUUUGGGUCUGGACUCUUCAGCGUCUUCCUUCCGUAGUCUCGUAACUGGUUACCCUGCCCCGGUCCUCGCCAUCCGGAGUGCGCCCUCUAAAAUAGCCGUCAGCUCCUGUGGCUCUUUGGCCCAGCAUCAUUCGGUAGAGCCCCAUUACUUAAGAGGAAUUAUAUAAAGUUCAGAAACCAUGUCUCGAAGAUAUGACUCCAGGACCACUAUAUUUUCCCCAGAAGGUCGCUUGUACCAAGUUGAAUAUGCCAUGGAAGCUAUUGGACAUGCAGGCACCUGUUUGGGAAUUUUAGCCAACGACGGCGUUUUGCUCGCAGCAGAGAGACGCAACAUCCACAAGCUUCUUGAUGAAGUCUUUUUUUCUGAAAAAAUUUAUAAACUGAAUGAGGAUAUGGCCUGCAGUGUGGCCGGCAUAACUUCUGAUGCUAACGUUCUGACUAAUGAACUGAGGCUCAUUGCUCAAAGGUAUUUAUUGCAAUAUCAGGAGCCCAUUCCUUGUGAGCAGUUGGUCACAGCACUGUGUGAUAUCAAACAAGCUUAUACACAGUUUGGAGGCAAACGUCCCUUCGGUGUUUCAUUGCUUUACAUUGGCUGGGAUAAGCACUAUGGCUUUCAGCUCUAUCAGAGUGACCCUAGCGGAAAUUACGGGGGAUGGAAAGCCACGUGCAUUGGAAAUAACAGCGCUGCAGCUGUGUCAAUGUUAAAACAAGACUACAAAGAGGGAGAAAUGACUCUGAAGUCAGCACUUGCUUUAGCUAUUAAAGUUCUAAAUAAGACCAUGGAUGUUAGCAAACUCUCUGCUGAAAAAGUGGAAAUUGCCACACUAACAAGAGAGAAUGGAAAGACAGUCAUCAGAGUUCUCAAGCAAAAGGAAGUGGAACAGUUGAUCAAAAAACAUGAGGAAGAAGAAGCUAAAGCUGAACGCGAGAAGAAGGAAAAAGAACAGAAAGAAAAGGAUAAAUAGAAGACAAA